AUUGCCGGAAGAAGAUGUUCGAUAUUUGCUGUGCUGCUGUUCGCCGUUCGAUAUUGACGUCUGCUGCGCCGCUCUGCGUAGAUUUUAUUCGUUUUGACGAACACAAAAUCUCUUGGGCUAUUUUAAUCAUGAUAGGCGCUUGAUAACCGACAGUUCGAAGCUUACGUUAGCAGCUAGCAGGAGCGCUCGUCCUCCCGUUAUGGCUGCCGGUGCGGUCCCGCGCCUCUUCCUGCUGCUGGCGGUCCUGUCGGCCGCCGCCGAGCCCGAACAGCCGCGGCACGUCGAUGGAGCCCCGCCGUCCAAGAUAGCGAUUGUGGGCGCUGGCAUCGGCGGCAGCGCCACCGCUCACUUCCUGCGGCAGCACUUUGGCCCCGAGGUUCAGAUCGACGUGUAUGAGAAGGGGGAGGUCGGAGGACGCCUGGCCACUGUCACCGUCAACCAUCAGGACUAUGAGUCUGGAGGGUCCAUCAUUCACUCGCUGAACCUUCACAUGCAGGAGUUUGUCAAGAUGCUGGGGCUGAAGUACCGUCGCAGCGUCGCAGGGAAGACAGCCGUGUUCAACAGUGACGAGAUGAUUCUGGAGGAGACAGACUGGUACCUGCUGGAUCUGUUCCGACUGUGGUGGCGUUACGGCAUCAGCUUCAUACGGCUGCAGAUGUGGGUGGAGGAAAUAAUGGAGAAGUUCAUGAGGAUCUACAAGUACCAGGCUCAUGGCUACGCCUUCAGCUCGGUGGAGGAGCUGCUGGACUCCCUCGGGGGGAGCGGCUUCAUCAACAUGACCCGGCGCUCGCUCUCCGACUCGCUGCUGGAGCUGGGGGUGUCGCAGCGCUUCAUCGACGAGAUCAUUGCACCGGUCAUGAGGGUCAACUACGGCCAGAACGUCAGCAUCCCUGCCUUCGUCGGGGCCGUGUCCUUAGCUGGAGCCCAGAACAACCUGUGGGCGGUGGAGGGAGGAAACAAGCUGGUGUGUUCAGGACUUCUGAAGACGGCCAACGCCAACCUGUUGCGGGCACAAGUGGGCGCCAUCUCCUCAGUCCUCUCCGGCGACGCGCAGCAGUACCAGCUGAGCUUCAGCGCCGCCGCAGGCUCGGCAUCGGAGCUCUACGACAUUGUCGUCCUGGCAACACCCCUGCAGGACAGCGUUGGGUCCGGAGUCCUCUUCCAGGACUUCUCUCCUGCCUCCCACCCGCAGGAAGGCAGCUACCACAGCACCGUGGCAACCGUCGUCCAUGGUUACCUCAACACCUCCUUCUUCGGCUUCCCGGACCCACGCCUCUUCCCCUUCGCCACCGUGCUGACCAUGGACUCGCCCGACUUGUUCUUCAACAGCGUGAGCAGCGUUUGCCCGGUCAACAUCUCAGUGGGCUUCCGCCGCAAGCAACCGCAGGAGGCCGGCGUCUACAAAGUCUUCUCUCCCAAACCUCUGGACAAGAGCCAGCUGAAGAUCCUCUUCAGGUCCUAUUACUCGGUGCAGGUGACCGAGUGGCAGGCGUACCCCAGCUACCGCAGCAGCCAGAGGCUGCCGCCCGUGGAGCUGCACCCCAACCUCUACUACCUGAACGGCGUGGAGUGGGCCGCCAGCGCCAUGGAGAUGAGCGCGGUGGCGGCCAAGAACAUCGCCCUGCUGGCGUACCACCGCUGGAGCCGCCAGACGGACAUGGUGGACCAGAAGGACCUGAUGCACAAGAUCAAGACGGAGCUCUGAGGAGGAGGAGGAGGAGGAGGAAGACGAGAGCGGACGACUUCAGGGAGGGACGUCGCUCCGCUGAGUCAUGGAGCCGGAGAGAUCUCCCCAUCGAUCCAGAGCUUUAUUGGAUCGUGAGUCACCGAUUGCCUUUGUAGAUGGAAGGAGCCGAGAGGCCUGCGGCUGCAGCACGUGGGAGAUCAAAGGAAGCAGCGAGCUCCUCUUCAUUCAGGAGGCUGCUGGGACUGAGCCUGUGGAGAUCCUCAUGCUGUAGAACGAGAUGGACCCAUGUGGGAGCUGUCGAGGACAGUGGCUCAAGAUUGGUGUUGUGUGUUCUUCACCGAGAGGGUCAGAGGUCACGCAGACGAAGGGCCCGCCCCAGAAGAAUGCGGCCCUCAAGAUCAGACAGUAGAAUGUGAAGGAUGCUCGGGAGGACGCAGAGAUGAGCACUGACAGAGGCGCCGUGGGGCGAGAGACGGAACUGCUCCGGAUCCACCGGGCCGUCGUGUUCGGACCCAAACGCGUCACUGUGAACAAGUGUUUCAAUGUUGAAUAAUCCCACAGAGUGAUUCGUCCUCGACAGCGCUGGCUCCCUGUGUCGCUCCGUCUUCUCUCCGUCCUCGGCAGACGCCAGAAGUGACAGAAGUGAAUCUAGUGUUUGUUUCAUUCUCUAAACAAUGAAGCAUUUUCAUGUGAUCACACUCGCACACACACACACCUGCCUGCUCAAACAGGGCCCAACCCGACGAGGUUCUGGUGCAUCACAGGACUCACUUCCUCCUGGCCUCCCGGUGACCUUGGUCCGUCAGUCUGAUCCAGUCCCGACUGCGAUGAAGGUUUUCCCCGCCCCCUGUGGUGCUUGUUGGUCAUGAAGGUCUGUAUUGUGGAGGACCACCAAGUCCAAGGCUUGAUGUCUCGAGGAUCGUUUAGAUGCAAAACAAAAUAAAUAAAUCAAUGAAGGAUAAAUUAAAUUUGCCAUCAAAUGUAAAUGUUGGUUUAUAAAAUUGAAGUUUCUUCAGUCAUUCAUGUUUCCAGCAAUACACUUUGUUCAUGUGUGUUUGGGGGGGGGGGUCAUGUGUCUGCCAUUUUUUUUGGCGAGGCCUUUCGUCUUGCCCUCAUGUUCCGUCCACAUCGUCCUGGUCUGCUGUGAAGGCCAGUUUGCUGCGUCUCUUUCAUCUGGUGGAGCCAUGAUCACUGACCUUCACUGAGGCACGUGAGCCCUUCACUUCUGUGGAUGUUUUGCUGAGGUCUUUAUGACCUCCAGGUUGAGCGGGUUGUCUUGGUCUGAAGCUCCUCCCCUCCUUCUGUAGCUCAUGGCUCUCUGUGGGUCGCUGGAGUCCCAGGACCUCCAGUUACCAUUUUGUUUUCCUCAAAAUAAAAUCGAAACUGUCAUUUAAAACUGCGUUUUGUUCGCAACAAUUUACGUUUCCAUGCGGCUGGAGCUUCACACCUCACUUGGAUCAGUGCCUCCUCAGGAGUGGUGCAGAAAGCUGAGUUCUUAUCCCCCCAUCUGUCCUGUCUCACUCGGGAGCCUCCAGGAGACACUGGAGGCAGAUCCACUGCUCCAGCCACAGGCCAGUCCUGCCGGUGUGGGCUUCUUUACUGAGACGGCUGCCCCUGUGACGCCCAAUAUCAGUGAUAAAAUCCCAGCGUUUUCAGCCUUAUUUCAUUUUGUUACAUCACAACAGCCCUAACACGUGGAAUUUAUAGCUGCAUCCCCUCACCAUUGUUCCCAAAUUCCUGAUUUCAUGUUCCAUUUUCCCUGCCACUUCCGGCUGAAGGCUAUUUAUAAACAAGCGUCCUCAUCAUUCAUCUCAGCGAUAACUUCAACAUAUUUCACUGCCAGAAAGCCUGGGGUUCCAACCCUGCGUGGGGACUUUCUGACUCAAACCGGAGUCUGGCUUGAGCUGUGCCCAUCAUGUGGAACAAGAGGUGGUUUUACUGCUCCUGGAAAUCCCACUAACUUCAUGCUUGAUUCCUGUUCCUUCUGCUGCCAUGUGGCCGUGUUGGGCCGCGGGUGUGUGUGAGGGCCACCAUGCUCCUGCACCGAGUCCAUCCACUCUGAGACACUUCUGGACUGCAUUCACAGUUCUGCUUCUGACCCACACACAGAUGUCCAGUGUUUCUUUAGUGGUGUUCUGUUUCAUUACUUGCUCCAACUUCAGUUUCCUUUCCAGAGAAAUGGGGGCGGGGCCUGACGGGACCAGCCACCUU